AAUUACUAGUGCAAAGUGGUCGCGCUCUAAGUGCCGUCAAGUGGUAAAUGCUAAUAGACAGAAAGUGUAAAAUCAUCGUAACAUGAUGGAAUGUAAACUAGAUAUCAUUUUAUUUACGAAUCUGUACGAGGACAGAUUACCCUUUAACUCCAUAUCUAGUAUUAUAACGAACAUAAAUCUGAUUAUUUAUAGACUAAUUAAAUUUUCGUUACUUCGUUUAAUGUAAAUAAUAGUCCUUUAAAAUUUAACAAGAUAUCAACCGUUAAAGAUCCUUCUAUUAUUUUCAAUAUGCUGAACAGGAUGUGCACCAGUAUGGUCAAAAAUUUCCGUGAAAUUCAGGUGGAAGGAGCACACAAUAUAUACAGGAAUGACUUUGUGACGAUCCUCAGUUUAAUCAUAUCAAUUCAAUCACACGGUUUACGAUGGACGACCAUUCAUCUUACCCAAAAACUUCAUUCUAACGCCAUGAGAUCAAAGUCUUAAUUAUAUCGGUACUGUGAAUGAAUAUUAGUGAAAGACCACAUCUUAAGUGCUUGAUAAUACAACGUUUGAUCAAUAUCGACAGUUUUUUCAAACACUAAACUGAAGAGCAGUUGUCGUAAACAAUCCUGAAGCACUGCACGGUGCGGAAAGCUGUACUGAUAAAAUAUAAGAGGAAAGAUGGCACCUUACUCCAAGUAUUUUCUCGGUGAAUUCGUUGGAAUAGCAAUUGCAAUAAUCUGUGUGAUGUACACAUAUUUUAAGUACAUCACCUUCAGUUACUGGCAAAGCAAAAACAUUGACUAUGUCAAACCGAUUGUCCCGUUUGGCAACGUUUGGCCUUUACUUUCGGGACAGUUUUCAAUCGGUGAAUUGUUUCGCGAUUUCUAUUUCAGUAAUAAGAAGAGUCCCGUCUUUGGUGUCUACAUGAUGCACAAGCCUGUACUUGUCGUCAAGGAUCCGAACCUCAUACGAUUCGUUCUCACAAAAAAGUUCGCACAUUUUCAGGAUCGCGGGAUCUAUUGUAACGAGAAGAUCGAUCCCUUGUCGGCGCAUCUGUUCUCCGUUCCAGGUGAAAAAUGGCGGUUUUUGAUGUCCAAGUUCUCUCCCGCAUUCACUUCGAGUAAAAUAAAGCAGAUGUUUUUCACGGUUGGAGAAUGCUUCGAGAAAAUGGUUGAUUUCAUCGCCGAAAAAGCGAAAAAUCGCGAGUUGGUCGAGGUCCAGGACCUUUUCGCGAGCUUCGGCAGCCUUUGGCAUACAGGUCAACAUCAUCGAGAAUCCUAAUGCCGAAUUCCGAAAGUGGGGGCGAAAGUUUUUCCAACCGAAUCCACUGAGAAAUCUACUUUUAUUAAUGGUCCCGAGUUGGUUGGACCUAUUCAAAAUUCCAGUCACUAGCAAGAAUAUUAUGAAAUUCUUCAUCGGUGCUUUUACUGAAUCUGUGGAAUACAGGAUAGCCAACAAUGUCGUCAGGAAGGAUUUUUUGGAUCUGCUGAUGCAGCUAAUGGACAAGGGUUACAUAGACAACGAUGACGAGAAAACGAGUAACCAAAUGUCAGGGUUUAAUAGGGUUAAAAUAACCAUGCUCGAAGGAGCUGCGCAGGCUUUCGUAUUCUGGUUAGGAGGGUUUGAAACCUCAUCGACAACAGCCACUAACUGCCUCUAUGAGCUGGCGGUACAUCAGGACUUGCAAGGGAAAUUAGUCGAGGAAAUAGACGG